AUGCCCAUUCCAUCAUCAACACCUCGCAACAAUUACCGACAAACCAACAAGAGUGUCAGCUUUUCUCUCGAUUUCGAAGAGGAAAACAACAAUUUUGACGACUUCUCAUUGGACAACAACAAACAACACAGCCCGACUGCUGCUCCAUCUCCGAAACUUACCUUCGAUGAUGAUGAAAAUGAUUCGAUCAUGAGAGAUGAUGAACAACAGCUGGAUGAAUACGUUGCCCGUGUAGAUUCACCACGAUUUGACUCGGAUGAUGACCCCAUGUACGAUGAUGAUCAUCGUAACCAUCAUCACGAAGAUUUAUCUCAACCCUUGUCACAAAUUUCAUCAUCAGAAAUUCUCGAUGAUUCUUCGGCGAUCAAAGUAAAAACAGAAAUUGAUGAAUUGUUUGAGGAAUGUGAAAGAGAAAAACAAGAAGAGGUAACAUAUAAAUCUCGAUCAUCAUCAGACGUUAAAUCUCCAAUAUUGACCUUUUCAGCAAGCGUUCCAACACAGGUUUCAUCUCCGAUCCUAUCUAGUCCUGUGGGUCUUAGUCAAUAUCAAAAAGAACAACGUAACGUUUAUCAAUAUGAGGAUAUUAAUCAAUUGACACAACAAUCUGCAGCUCCAAAAACUGAAAAUGAUCAAGAGGUCAUUGAUUUAGAACUUACAGAGUCACAAUUAGAGAGUUUACAAAGAGAGGAUGAAGGAAGCACCUUCCACAAUUUCGAAAAAACUGAAGUAACAGCAGUGAAAGAAGAAAAUAUUGCAGUUCAAAACUCGUCGAUUGCUUCGAUGAAUCCAACAAACAAUGUCUCUCCUCCUAAACAACAAGAAGAACAACAACCAAAUGCAUCAACCUCUAGUGAUCCCAAUAUUUCAACAUCAUCCAUCACUACUAACAAUCACAUGAUUGAGUCCAUCAGUAGUAGCAACAACAAUAACAACACUGUGCCAACAACCACAGAGGAUGAUGAUGAACUUGAUAUAGAUUAUUCUCAAAUUGAAGCGGCCCUUAGGGAAGCAGAUGAACAAGAAAAGUUAAACGCCGCUCAAGAAUGCACUAAAGAUUCAUAUGUGUCACCAAUGGAACAAUUCAGAUCCAAAAUUGUAGCACCUCAAUCCUCUCCUCAACCACCUCCAUCAUCACCGAGAACACAAUCUUCGAAUCAAACCUUUCCCAAAGUCAAAGAUGAAAUCCAAAUGAGUCAAGAACGUUCCUUAUUACCACCACCAGUGAUUAUGGAUGAAAUUGAAAAUUCUGAAGGAUCACAAAUGGAUUCUGUGAAACUUUCUGUUCCAACUAAAAGUCCAGAACGCCCUCUUACUUUUAGAGAAGCUGUCUAUAAGAAGCUAAGUCAUUCACCUCCUAGCUUUAAACCAAUAAUUCCAGAUAAGGAGCUCGUGGCAAUCAAAGAUCAAUAUGGAUUAAUAGUUUUUCAAAGAGGAAACAACUAUGCAAAUGAGGAACGAAUUUUUGAAAUGAAUGUAGAUACUAUUGAAGUUGAAGAUGGUGUUGAACUUACGUUUUUGACAUCCAAAUGUUGGGGAACAUUGGAAGUACCAUAUUCUCAGAGUAUUGUUUUUGAUUCAAAGACCAUGAAUUUGAAGAAAUGUAAAUGCUCUUGUCCUGUUGAAGAUCAUUGCAAGCAUACUUGUGCUUCUCUCAUUACUUGGUUAGACUGUAAAAAGAAGAAUUUACCUUUUCCAUCUCUUAAUUCGAUAGGAAGUCGAUUAGAACUAGCUCUAAAUGAAUUAACUCAAUUGAGAAAAGAGGUCGAACGAUUAAGGAAAGAAAAUGAAUGUCUCAAAGAUAAUUACAGUUCAAAUAGUGAUGAUUCAAGUUCGUCAUCCUCCAUCAUGAAAGAUUCAAGUGUGACUACUCCCAUCAAGAUGAAUCACCAGAAUCUAGGUCAGAAUGGUUUUGUUUCUUCAAACAGUAUUGAAAAGACUCCUCCAAAUAGAGCCAUCUUUUCUUCCCCAAUUUCUCCCAGCAAUGUGGCAGAAUCGACCGAUCUCAAACGAAAACGAACGACCUAUACUCAAGGCGAAAGAGAUCCUCAUGUUGAACUUGGAGAAACAUGCAAGAAAAUACAUUUCUAA